GUAUUUUCUACCCGUAUUUUUUCAGAAGAGCUAAGGAUUAUCCAGCUGAACUAAGGAACUUUAAUGAAGGAACAUCAGUGCUGAUAACCAUAGUGGGACACAGAAGAUUCCAGGGACCAAGGAUGGCUGCCUCUUGGAAACCAAUCCUGUUUCUGUCAGUCACCUGGUGUAUUUCAGAAAGUGUGGACUACGGGCCAGUAUUUGUUCAAGAACCAGAUGACAUCAUUUUCCCAACUGAUUCUGAGGAAAAGAAGGUCGUACUGAAUUGCGAAGUUCGUGGCAACCCAGUUCCCACAUACAGAUGGCUUCGGAACGGGACAGAAAUAGAUUUGGAAAGUGACUAUCGCUACAGUCUGAUAGAUGGCACCUUCAUCAUCAACGACCCCACAGAGGCCCAGGACUCCGGCCUUUAUCAGUGCUUAGCAACCAACACUUUUGGAAGUAUUCUUAGUAGAGAAGCUACACUUCAGUUUGCCUAUCUGGGAAAUUUUAGUGGCCGGACAAGAAGUGCAGUGUCCGUGAGGGAAGGCCAGGGGGUUGUUCUCAUGUGCUCUCCUCCGCCUCAUCCACCAGAGAUCGUCUACAGCUGGGUAUUUAACGAGUUCCCUUCCUUUGUGGUGGAAGACAGCCGGAGGUUCAUCUCCCAGGAGACAGGCAACCUUUAUAUUUCUAAAGUGCAAACAUCAGAUGUCGGCAGCUAUAUAUGCCUGGUGAAAAACACAGUGACGAAUGCUCGAGUACUUAGUCCUCCAACACCACUCACUCUGCGGAAUGAUGGUGUGAUGGGAGAAUAUGAGCCCAAAAUUGAGGUUCAUUUCCCUCCCACGGUUACAGCUGCUAAGGGGACAACUGUUAAGAUGGAGUGCUUUGCACUUGGCAACCCGGUUCCAACCAUCACAUGGAUGAAGGUGAAUGGUUACAUUCCUAGCAAGUCCCGUCUGCGGAAAUCUCAGGCAGUGCUGGAGAUCCCCAACGUGCAGCUGGAUGACACGGGCAUGUACGAGUGCAGGGCUGAAAACUCACGGGGGAAAAACUCCUUCCGAGGACAGUUGCAAAUAUACACCUACCCACACUGGGUAGAGAAACUGAAUGACACGCAGCUGGACAGCGGGAGCCCACUCCGUUGGGAAUGCAAGGCUACUGGGAAGCCCCGACCCACUUACCGCUGGCUGAAGAACGGAGUUCCCCUCAUGCCACAGAGUAGGGUUGACAUGGUUAAUGGAGUAUUGACGAUCCACAAUGUGAAUCAAUCAGAUGCUGGAAUGUAUCAGUGUUUGGCUGAAAAUAAAUAUGGAGCCAUUUAUGCUAGUGCUGAGCUGAAGAUUCUAGCUUCAGCUCCCACAUUUGCAAUGAAUCAGCUGAAGAAAACCAUAAUUGUUACCAAAGAUCGAGAAGUCAUCAUAGACUGCAAACCCCAAGGCUCUCCAAAACCAGCCAUCUCUUGGAGGAAGGGGGACAAAGCAGUAAGAGAGAACAAAAGAAUAGCUAUUCUUCCAGACGGCAGUCUGCGGAUCCUAAAUGCUUCUAAAUCGGACGAAGGAAAGUACGUCUGCAAAGGGGAAAACAUUUUCGGUUCUGCUGAACUGAUAGCUUCGGUAGCUGUAAAAGAACCUACAAGGAUAGAACUUACUCCUAAAAGAAUGGAGCUAACGGUGGGAGAAAGUGUUGUCCUUAACUGCAAAGCACUUCAUGAUGCCAGCUUGGAUGUCACUUUCUACUGGACGCUAAAAGGACAGCCUAUUGAUUUCGAGAAAGAAGGUGGACAUUUUGAAAGCAUCAGGGCCCAAGCAUCCUCUGCAGAUUUAAUGAUCAGGAACAUCCUUCUGGUGCAUGCUGGGAGAUAUGGCUGCAGGGUACAGACCACAGCAGACAGUGUGUCAGAUGAGGCAGAACUGCUUGUUAGGGGACCCCCAGGCCCACCUGGGAUAGUAAUUGUGGAGGAAAUCACCGAAAGGACAGCCACACUUUCCUGGAGUCCAGCAGCUGAUAACCACAGCCCCAUCUCCUCCUACAACCUGCAGGCUCGCAGCCCCUUCUCCCUGGGCUGGCAAACUGUAAAGACAGUCCCAGAAAUCGUAACAGGAGACAUGGAAUCGGCCAUGGCAGUGGACCUAAAUGCCUGGGUGGAAUAUGAGUUUCGAGUGGUGGCCACCAAUCCAAUUGGGACUGGAGACCCAAGCACCCCUUCUCGAAUGAUUCGCACAAAUGAGGCAGUUCCAAAGACGGCACCCACCAACGUAAGUGGAAGAAGUGGAAGGAGGCAUGAGCUGGUUAUUGCCUGGGAGCCAGUGUCUGAAGAAUUUCAGAAUGGGGAAGGCUUUGGCUAUAUUGUGGCUUUCAGACCCAAUGGGACUCGUGGCUGGAAGGAAAAAAUGGUGACCUCCUCUGAAGCUUCCAAAUUCAUUUAUCGAGAUGAAAGUGUCCCUCCUCUUACUCCUUUCGAAGUGAAGGUUGGCGUUUACAACAACAAAGGAGACGGACCUUUCAGUCAAAUCGUGGUCAUCUGCUCAGCAGAAGGUGGUCAGUGUCUUCAUCCCUGCUGCUGUAUGCAGCAUUUCAGUACUUACCGUGAUAGUUCAGGCAGUGAAGGAAUAGCCGGGGGGGGAAAAAGGCGGCAACCGAAGGAGCAACACAUGGAGGUGGCAAAGGACGACAGUGAGGGGGAGAAGGUGGGGGAGCGUGGGUCCGAGGGGAACAUCCAAGGCGCGGACGGGGAAAACAGCCAAGCCAGGGUGAAAGGGUCGGGGUCAACUGGUGAAAGGGGGCUGCCUUGUGAAAGUAAAGUGAUAGUCGCCACCAUGAGGAUGCUUGUUAUACUCGUGUUCCCC